AUGUUGGCCUUGGUGCUAGAGCAGCGAGUCUCGGAUGACGGGGCGAAAGAGCUAAGCUACGAUCUUCGCGAACUUCCGGUGCCCAGUCUGGAGGAAGAGCGCAGCUCGCAAGUCGAGGUGGCAUCACAGCAUCAGCAAGAGGAGGCCGGUCAGGCUGUAAUCAAGGUCUAUGCCAGCGCUAUUCAUCCUUCCGACCUGCUCAAUUCCCGAGGUGGCUUUCCCUACACCACCUUCCAGCAGACAGGCACGAGUAAGGUUGGGCAUCAAGCAUCCUACCGAGUGCUGGGAAGAGACUUGUCAGGCGUGGUGCAGAGCGUCUCUCGAGGCGCUUCCUCCUCUGCACAAACAUGGAUCAACAAGCAAGUUCUCUGCACCUCUGGCCACGAUCUAUCUUUCUCUCAGCACGGCACCUCUGCGCAGUACGUCGUGCUUCCUCUCUCGGCUCUGGUGGAGAAGCCGUCGAGUCUAAGCUGGUCACAAGCUGCUCUGCUUGGCGUGCCUUUGCAGACAGCUUCGCUCAUGAUCCAACGAGCGCAGAUUCAAGCCUAUGAAGAAGGUCAACAACAACAGAAGCUCGACAUGCUUGUGCUAGGCUGUUCGGGCAAUGUAGGUCGCAUGUUGGUGGAAUUGCUCAGAGGCACAGGUCAUAACAUCAUCACUGCCGCUCGAGGGACUGGCGCCAUGCUGAACCUAGCCAGCGCUACAGGUACUGAUGAAGGCCUUCCAAGCUGGACCGAACAGCUCAAAGAACUGACAGGAUCCAAAGGAGCAGACAUCAUCUUCGACUGCACGGGCAAUUUGGAAGUGCAAUCCGCCUCUCUUUGCGUCUUGGCGAAAUUUGGCAAGUUUAUCUUCAUCGCCGCUCCAAAAGGCGGUGCGCCCGGUUCCACAGUGUUGGGCAUAGACAUGAUGAGGAUGUACAGACUGGGCCAGUCUUUGUUGGGCGUCAAUAGUCUACUGUACGACGUGGCUCAGGCGAACGCGCAGCUCAAUCAUUCCCUUGCCCUCAUCGACCAUACGAAACCUUUGUUGGCACAGGAAGAGAUUGAAAAAGUGCCACUCCGACUAGCCAAGCAGACCUACGAUCUGCUCAAUGGCAAACAAGGCAGAGCUGGCAAAAAAUACUGCAUCGUCUUUGAUGAAGCGCGCGAGGGGCAUUGA